AUGUCAACAGUAACAACACACUAUCACCCCUGUGAGGUGCAGCACCUCCCUCACACCAACAGUGCCGACGUCGCCGUGUCAAGCAAUACCACAGUCCUCUACGAGUCAGAGUUUCCCUCCUCCGCCGAUCAAGAUACCUGCGAGACACCUCUCCCUUUAGCUCAUACUCCUGACUCGGAUUCGGACUCUACUACUUCCUCCAGAUCCUCCUCCUCGUCUUCAACAAGGAAAACCUCCAAGCAUCACAAGCACCGCCGGUCACAUCAUUCUUCCUCGUCUUCUAUGUCAGCCUCCUUCGUGGUCCCCGGGAACGUCAAGAGACAGGGUGACAUUGCCAUCAACAAUAUCCUGUCCCGGUUACAGAAGCGUCAGGGUGCCUUUGCGAUUCUGUCGACUACCCUCUACAGCAACAAUGGUUAUGACGAACAUUACGACGACGAUGGCAACGACAGCACAGAGAACGACGGGGGCGACAACAAUGAGGAAGGCGAGGAUGAGGAAGGCGCUUUCCGGGCGGUGCAUCAUCAAGGUCUGUCGCCCGAGUUACUGAGGGAGACCCUUGGCCCCCAUGCGUUGAGACAACAUCAUGGCAACGCCAACCUUCGUCACAGCUGA